AUGGGUCCUAAAGCUGCUGAGAAGAAACCUGCCACUGCCUCUAAGGCUCCUGCUGGCAAGGCCCCUGCUGAGAAGAAGGAGGCUGGCAAGAAGACUGCUGCCGUUUCCGGUGACAAGAAGAAGAGAACCAAGGGUAGAAAGGAGACUUACUCUUCAUACAUCUACAAGGUUCUUAAGCAAACCCAUCCUGACACCGGUAUUUCUACCCGUGCCAUGUCUAUCAUGAACUCUUUUGUCAACGAUAUCUUUGAGCGUGUCGCUACUGAGGCCUCUAAGUUGGCUGCUUACAACAAGAAGAGUACCAUUGCUUCUCGUGAGAUCCAAACUGCCGUCAGACUUAUCCUCCCCGGUGAGUUGGCCAAGCACGCUGUCUCUGAAGGUACCCGUGCUGUCACCAAGUACACCUCGUCUUAA